UACUCUUUUCCUCCUUUUUGCUCCAUUUGCUCUUCCCAAACUAAACAAUUUUCAACUUUUUCCAAAUUCUUAAUUGAUUUAAUUUAAAUUGAAUGUGCAUCAGAAUGUGAUUUGUUUUAGAAAUGCAAAAAAAAUAGAAAAUAUUUAAAUACCACAAAUAAAUCGCAGUAGAGACCGCCACAGAUGCUUGAAUGUGCAACCACUUUUAUUUGCUACGACUUUUUACUGCUUCAACAUGACCUAAAAUUUGAUAAAAUAUGCGUGCAAAUUGAGUUUUCAUUAUGAACUUUAUGCUACACAAAUAAAUAAUCGACAAAUAAACGCAAAUACCGUUAUUUACGCAUUGCAUUUUGCGUAUUUCGCAUUCAAUACAAAUAAUCAACUAGAAGUUAAUUUAACACUCAACCGAAAUAAUAAAUAAACAUACCCUGUAAUAAUUGAUUUCUUCUAAAAAUUUAACGAAUUUCCUCAAAUCACCCAAAAAUUAUCACUUACACACACGAACUACCAACAACGACAACAAAAUGUCCCGUGAAAACUCGCCACGCCACAGCAUACGGCGGCGUCAUAAUCAACAUCUGCAACAACAACAGCAACAGCAGCAGCAACUGCCACAUAGUUUACAGCAAAUAGCAACCACACAGCAGCAGCCGCCCAUAAUGGAGCAUGUGGAGCAACAACAACAAGUGGCGCAUGCCGUUAGCGCUGCUGGCGCGGGCGGAGCGGUCAGUGGCAGCGGUGGCGGUGCUGGCGGCGCCGCACCCAUGUCCAGCUCCACCUCGAACAUCAGCACCGCCAUCGAUGAGGGCAAUGGCAACGGUGAGCAUGCCACGUUGCCGCCACUCACCGGACCCGGCCCGAGUAGGCAGCGCUCGCUGCGCGACCGCCUCAAAGACGGCAUCACUGGCAGCUUCUCAUGGCAGUAA